AUGUUCUUCUGCAGCGGGCCCCCACGCACGUACGCGGCGUUGGCGGCCCCCGAGCGGAUGGAGGAUGUUGCGCUGGCCAUGCACCCGUCUCAGUUUGUGUUUGCAGGCGUAACGAGCUCUCACGUGGCGCUGUGGAGCGCUUCGCUGGGACUACAGGGAACAGGACGCCGCCUUUUAGCGCGAUGUCGCCGUGGCGGUCAAUGGAGCGAGACACGUCAGCUUUGGGCUGAAUGGGUCUCUGGAGAUCGUGUAGCCGUCGUGGAGAAAGAUUCGCAAUCCGUCGAGUUCUACGCGUUCGACGGACUAAGCAAACUACUGCAGCGCGCUGAAACACCCAAUACUCACUUGACGGACGGCCCUACCGUAGAUUCUAACACCAUGCUGGACCAACCGUCGUUCGCGGAGCCCGAGCAGGAGGAGGGAGAUGGGCCAACGGCAACUUCCAAGGGACUUCAACUUGUCGCUAAGUUCGUUGAAGACUACCCGCUGAACCAAGGCGCGUCUCAGAGCGAUUAUGAAGACGUUGCCGCGUGCAUGAGUGCUGUGCCCGGCGGCAAGUACGUAUUCGUGGGCAUGGUCAGUGGCCUCAUCUGCGUCGUGGAGGUUGCCGACUCUCGCGACUCCAGCGACAGCCAAAGCUCGUGGUUUAGCAAUGCGGACAGCUCCACCAAACUCUGGAAAAUUGAUGUCCGCACUCAUCUGGCAGUUGCCGACGACGCCGAUCCAGCUAGUUGCUUUGAUCUCACGUGCGCAACGGCGGACCCCGUUGCAAAGAUUACGUCAUUGUGUCUCGUGGCAAGUUUCGACGGCGGGAAGUGUUUCAUCAUGUUGCUGUCACCCGCCAAAAAGAGUAUCGACCAGUUGUUAUCGCUGAUUAACUCGGAAAGAGAAGGCAGUAGGGGGUCCAGCUCAACUGGCCGUUGCACCACGACGAGUUUGGACGCCAGCGGGUCGCAACUCGCGCUCGGAUGGUCGGACGGCGGAGUGUCGCUGUUCCGAUUAUCACUGAGCAACAUAAAAUUAAGUCUUGGAGCCUGGGGAUACACCCCGGAAGACGUCGGAUCGGUCACCGCAUUAGCGUGGUCCUACGACGGCCGCAGUGUGGCGGUGGGCUACGAGUUGCGUGGCUUUUCUUUAUUCUCAACCGACGAGUGUCGCUUAAUGUCGAGCUUACCGCAGCACAACCAGGAGAGGCCCGAGAAAAUGGACGAGUGCAACAUGAGAGAAGUCUGCGCCUUCGGAGUCCUCGCGCUGCAGUGGACAAGAGAGAGCAACUCGCUGCUUGUCGUGCCUCGAGGCGAGCAGUCGACGCAGUUGGUUGAGCUCCCGGAAGAUGAAAUUUUGAAGGAAAUCGAGGACGAAGCGGACGUGGACGUGACGGAAGCCGACGAUCUGUUCGAAAGUGUCGAGGCAACUGUGCGGAAGGCUCAGGACGGUUUGUGUCUGUCACUCUCGGGGGCUCCGGGGCGCUGUGGCGCGUGGGUUCGAAGCGACAAAAGCUUCACGAAGCGCGCCGACGGGGGCGUAGGGCCAGCCGAGGCCUGUGGGCUUAUCCAAGGAGGCGACUUGUUGGUGGGGAUUAAUGACAACUUGAAGGUUGUGAACCUCCCUUUUGAGCAAAUUGUCGCAGAGAUCAAGCAACUUCCAGAUGACGAAGACGUGGCGCUCACGUUUAUGCGCCUAAAGUGGGACCAAGUGUUCCCAUUGGCUGUUAAAGCGCUGUCCUCUUCGGAGUUCCUGGACGCCCAUGGGAUUCACUUGAGGGAGGACGAGACGCUGAGUAUCCGCGAGUAUGCGCUCCGCAUGCAGGCGCUCCACGGAGACUGCGACCUGGAGGAGCGUCCGCCGCUUCUGGAGCUCGAACGACGCGCGAAAUUCGACGGCUGGGAGGCGCUCCAGGGCACGUGUACGCGCGUGGCCAAGCACAAGUACGUCAAGCUGGUGUUCGCUCUGUUCCCGGUGUGGAAUCCUCGGCACUUUGUGAACGUCAUGACGGAAUACUGGAACGCUCUUCUGGCGCAGAAGGUGUAUCGGAGGAAGCAAAAGCGACUUGAGGAGCUGCACGCGCAUCGCCGAUUGGUUAAAAUGCGUCAGCGCUCGGCCAUUGCGUUCGUCGAGUUCGAUUUCGCCAAAACUGUGCCUCUGUCCGGCGGGAAAUCGUCUCGUCUGGCGUUAGUGGAGCGGACAAGUGUGCGGCUAGUGGCUGCUCCGUCUCUGGACGACCCGUGCGCGGUGACGUCCUGUGUGAACUGGAGUGUCCCCACCGAGUUCGAGAAAUGUUGUCCUCUGCGUCUUGUCGCGCUAAGUGCGAGUGGGAAUCACGUGGCGGUGGCGGGACAGCGAGGCUUCUGUCUGCUGAAUAUCGUAACGGGCAAGUGGCGAAUGUUUGGCAACGUGAACGACGAGCAGGAUAUGUUUGUAUACUCGCUGUUAUGGGUGGGCGAAGACGCGAUUGUAGUCAAUUUCACGCGCUUCAGUGAGCAGCAUCAGUCGCUGCACUUGCAGGCGUAUCCGAGGAACCACCUGGACGAGGAAUCUAUUCUGGAGCAGCUCGUGUUCGCGCGUGAAGGGGAGAUGCCGCCAGGAGGACGUGACGGUGACGACGACUGCUUCAUCAUUAUGGACACAGACAGUGCGCUCCGGAACUUGUUUUGUGUCUCGAGGAGCGAGUUGUGGUGCUUGGAAUUGCAGCACGGGGGCACUAUCAAGCAGAACGACCUUAAUCUGCACAUGCAGCUUAAGAGACAGCUUAGCUUGCCGUCCAGAGUCGCCGCGUCUCAAGCUGCGGGGACGUGCAGCCGCCACGCGAUCGUGGACUUUGCCGUGCUGCCGCGUUUUCUGCACGUCCAAGACGACAAGCUACGCGAACAGCAGCAGCGAAAAUACCGACAGGAGCGAGAGCACGAACAGGACGACGCCGGGUGGCUCUCGAGUGUCGUCAACAUGCUCGUGGGGGGAGAAGUGCCCGACCAAUACACGCCCGAACAAGUGCUGCCGAGGUUCGCGUUCCUCGACAGUCGGGGCGACGUGACGGUGUGGGACCCGGAGAACCGCUCGCAGCGUCUGCUGUGCUCAAAUGUGAGCACCAUGGCGAGGCUGUUCGUGACGUGUGCGUCCUGGCCGGCGCCGUGUCGACUGAUCUACGGACUGUACGGCCCAGACGGCAUGAAAGUGUGGCUGCCGCUGCUGGAUGGCGUCUACAUGACGCACACGAAGGCGUUCGAACAAGACAGUCGACGUCUGGAGACGUUUCUGGCGUGUCACGACCCGCUGCGAGCCAAAACGUACGAAAUCGAGUUCGGGACGGCGCCAGCGACUGCGGAAUUGUACGACCAAGUCCUCGGCGAGUAUGGUAUCACGUUGGACGGGUUCUUGUCUCGCACUGGGAUGCAAGAGGGACACAACAAUCUACGGGGCUGUGUGACGUCGGUGGACGAUCCUUCGGCGAAAGAUCGCAUGCUACGCUUCGAUUAUGACGUCAAGGUGUUGGGCGCUGAACAGGCCUUCGGACUGCUGGUGGGGGUCUCGCAGGAUGUCUACGUGCCGUCGGGCGUGCUCAUCCCGUGCUAUGACGUUUUUACUCGAGUCCAGCCGAUUUUCCACACGCUAUUGUGCUUUUUAGUGCAGAACGAGCAGCUCUCGUGGGCGCGUCUAGUGCUCAGCGGAGUGCGGAGACAGUUUGCGCUGUCCACCCCCACCCAGGAACUUUUCCUGCACUCGAUGCUCGAAGCUUGUUACGGGAAAUCGUGUCCCGAGGAGAAGCUACACACCGCCAUCAAGCUCUUACGUCCGGACAGUGGAGACUGCGAGACGGACAUCGCCGAGUACUGCGAGAUUGUGGCGCAUGUGGCUCGCAAGAGUGAGCCCUCUCGCCUUAAAGUACUGUUCCCGGCAGCGGGGGACCCGAUGGAUUUACUGGCGGUUUGUCAGCGACGCUCGGAGCUUCGCACAGCUGCGAAUUUCCUGCUGAUUUUGGAGGAAUGUUCCAGUGCGUCGGGCUCGUCGUUGCCGCUGAGGAUGGAGAGCGCGGCCGAGUUACUGAGGCAAAGUGUUGAUCAGGAAGAGCGGCUACUGGCUCAGCAUGUGGUGCGUGUGGCCAGAGACUGGGAACAUCACGUGGAGCAGAGCGAGACGAGUAUUGACGAACAACUGGCGGCUCUGGCGUGGAAUAAUCUGGUUCGUGGCGAGUACGAGCGUGUGGUGUGGUGUGUGGAGGAUCUACAGGCCAAGCUGCCACGGAAGUCGGCGGACGAGAGGGAGGCGGAGGACAGCGCGACGAUUCUAGACCGACUGUAUCAGACUUUUAUCCAGGGCAACAAGCGGAGACAACUCAGGAUCUUGCUGCAAGCGGUGACGGAGGCGCACUAUGAGGAUUGGGUGGCGCGUAUUAAGCACGUGAUGGAGCAAUGA